UUUUUAAAAAAAAAAAAUUGAAAAGAAUUUAUUUAUUUAUUUGUUUUUUUUUGAAAAGAAAUAGAAAAAGUAGUUCCUCGGAAUUGAUAGGUUUCUUGUGAAUGAAGUAAUAAUGAUGAUUGGAUUUGGGAAAUUGGGAUCGAUGAGAGAUGACUGUGUCUUAGUUAGGAAGAAGAAGAAAUCGGUGGUGGUGGUGGUGGUUUUGUAAAAAUGGAGGACGAGAAGAAGAAGACCUCUUUUCCCUCCAAUUACGUCACUCUGUGUCAACUUCAGGAGCGUUGGCUCAAAGAAAAGCAAUUAAAGCAACAACAAGAGCAAGAUCACCACAACGCUGUCACUCGGACAGUAUCGGAGAUCGUUGUCAUCGGAGGAGUUGAUAGUGCUGAUCAAGUGGGAGAAGAAGGCGAGGAAGCUAAGUCGAAGAAGAAGAAGAAGAAGAAAUGCAAGGGAAACAAGCUUCAGAAAGAGGUAGUCGGAGAGGGGAUUGAGGUGCAGUUUCCUUUGGCGAAUGACGAGAAGGGAGAGAUGAAAAAGAGAGGAAAUCAAAGAAGCAGACCAAAGAAAGGUGAAUUUAGGGCAGAGCGGGCUGAUAUCGAUACGAAAUUCAGGGUUUCGUCUGCGAUGGUAGAGAAGGAGGUUGCAGGAAAGGAAGUUGUGGUGCAGACGCCAUUGACGGAAGGGAACAGGAAAGACAUAUCAGGGAUGAGGAACCGAAGAAUCGGAAAAAUUUCGACUCGUAUCAAAGCAAAGGUUGGGGAUUCGUCUAUGAUUUAUGUUAGGGUUGAAAAGGGGAUCCCUGAAAACGAAGCUGUGGCGGUGAAUGUGAAUGUGAAUGAGAAUGGCGAGAAAGAACAAGUGUCAGGGAGAAGAAGCACAGAAAGUAGAGGUAAAGGUAAAACUAAAACUAAAACUAAAACUAGGGCAGAGAGCAGUAAUUUGAAUCAGAGAGCUCAUAACAAAUCAGUGUCUGCAAGUGCAAAUGGUAGGAAAAUUUAUCUCACCUUAGAAGAGGGGCAUUCAGUAAACCAUGGAAGCAGAAGUGAAAAUCAGGCAGAGGGCAGUGAUUUGAAUCACACAGCUGAUGUUGUUCUCAAACUUGGGGGUUUGCCUGGAACCAGAAGUGACUUAAAGGCAGAGAUUGAGAACAAUGGUUUUGAUCAGAUUGAUACUAUCGUACCUAAAUUUAGUGUUUUUUCUCUAAAUGGUGGAACUGGGGAAAAUGGUAAUGGGUUAAGGAGAACAAGCGCCCAUCACUAUCGUGGUUAUCGGGAGUCCAGUAGAUAUGGGUAUAAGAGUUUCCCUGGUCGCGCAGUACAUAAACUAGAAAAUACUCGAAUGGUUUGGAUGAAGAAAGAAGAGGUCUCUGGUGGUAAUGUAUCUGGAACUCAAAAACCAAGCAGCCGUCGUCCUAAUUCUGGUUUCUAAACUCUCUCUAUAUAUAAUUUAUAUCUAUCUCUGUCUGUAGUUUUUGUAGUUCAAUUACAGUAAGAUUGUGAAUUAAAGGCUUUGGCAAUGUGAUGUCUCGUGUUUUGAUUUUAGUUUAAUUAAAUUAAAGGCUGAAAGCCGAUUAGUCCUACUAUAUUGUAAGUAUAUGGUGAUUGUGAAUUAAUUAGGGACUUGUUUUGUCGGAUAUAAACUUGGCAGCUCAGUCAUGUGAUUAUCCCAAACCAGCAUGAUGUA